AACAGGGCUCGCUGCGGGGGCGCCCGGCAGCGCGGCUGCCGGCUGCGGCUGUGACCAGCAGGCAGUGGAAGCCUUGUAGCAGAGAGCUGCUUUCUCCUCUUUUUUCCUGGUGCGGGGUGUUUGUUUGUUUGUUUUUUUAAGCGGUGCCAACCAACGGCACAACAAGUGGAGGAUGCGAGCCGCUGCUGCCUGAGCCACUGCUGCCUGGACGUGCCGGAGGGAGAAACUGCAAGAAGCGACACCUGUCCUACCAUCAGGUUUGGUACGCGGAUUAUUUAAUGGUGAUUUACAAACCUACAGAAAAAGCUGGGCUUGGAAAGACUGGCGAUCACGCUCACCCAUUCAUUCUGUGUCUCUCUCUCACAAACACACUCGCCUCCUUCAUUUUUUUCGUUUUGGAACAAGACUCUUGCCUUUUUGCAAAUGCCUGGGCGAGAAGCAGUGUCCGUGGCAGUGCAGAGUGCUCCCAGCUCAGGCUGCUUUGCUGCCUUGCUCUUGGCACUCUUGUUGCAACUGGCAAGAAGGGAGAAAAAUAACUCAUCAACCUGUGGUGCUGACUGACCUUACACACCUGAAAACGUAGAUCGGUUGGCACAGCCCCCUCCUCAGGACUGCUGUCUCCAGAUCCUUACACUAGCAAGAACAGCACUGCUAUUUCUCUGCCUAGGAACAGUUAAGUGCUUCUUCUGCAUGACCAUAACCAAAAGGUGACCCAUCCACUCCCUUAUGCCCUAUGGGGACCUCAGAGCCAGUUUCUCAGUCUUCAUCUCCUCCUCCUCCUCCUUCUCCUCUUCCUCCUCCUUCUCUUACCACUGCUGCGGACGUCCUGGGUGCCGCUCCCAGGUUUGAGACGUUGUUGACAGGCUGAAGAAAGGAUUUGCAAAGACCUCCUCACUGUGUAAAUAGAGUGACAGCUGGAAUUACCUUCAGCUCCCUGAGUAGUGAUAUUAAACAAUAAUAAGAUUGCUAUGCCAAAGCAUUACCAGGGACAAAUUAUGAGGAAAGAGACUAUUUGCAUUUGGUUGCAAUGAUGAACUAAAGACCUGAAACAUCUCUGGAAAGCAGGUAUCCCUUGUUUUGCAUAUUUUUUCUUCCUAUAUGCAGUCUUUGUAGCCUGCAAGAUCAUGAAUGUCAUGAAUUCAAUCUGAUCUGUGAUAGCCACGGGAGGUUAACAAAAAUAAAGGGGCUUGGUGGAUGAAAGGACAAGGCCUCAGCUGUUUCCUGGUCCAGUCUGAGAGUUGCAUACAUUCUUGUUAACAAAGCCCAGUGGUUUGUGUCAAACAUUCUGGACAAUAAGAAAAUGCAGAUCUGUGGUUUUCCAAAAUGUAGAUUCAGUGUUACUUCUGUGUUGCCCUGCUCUGUGUCCAAGAGACUGCCCUCCAAAUGCAAAUGCCUUUGAACUUUCUAUAGUGAAAGUUAAGGUUACACCAUAAAUAAACCAAACUACUUAGCACUGAGCGAUAAACAAGCAGUUGAAAAAUGGAGGUUGCAAUGGUAAGUGCAGAUAGCUCUGGGUGCAACAGCCAUAUGCCCUAUGGUUAUGCAGUCCAAGCUCGGGCCCGAGAGAGAGAGCGGCUGGCACAAUCGAGAGCAGCAGCAGCUGCAGCUGUAGCAGCAGCAACAGCAGCAGUGGAAGCGGGAGCAACAGGUGGAGGUGGACCAUAUCACCACUACCACCAGGAACAGAGUCGAGGUGCGUCCUCCUCUUGUGGUGGGAAUGCAUCACGCAGCAGCCUGCCCCAUCGCCAGAGUGGUAAGAGACGGAAGAAAGGGAAAAAGAGGAGCCACCAUUUGGGAAGUAGGGAAUGUGGGGCCUCCUUCCCAUGUUCAGAGCUGCUGCCUCUCAGUGGUUCUGAAGAGAGAAUACUGAAGGACUUGAGUGAGGAGGAAGAGGAGGAUGAAGAUGAGGAUGAAGAUGAUGAGGAAGAAGGAAAGCUCUACUACACUGAUGACUAUGGGCAUGAUGAGUUUUCAUUCUCAGAUCAGCCACCUGAUGAUGGUGGUGGAGGCCCUGGGGGUUACAGCUCUGUUCGCUACAGUGAGUACGAGUGUUGUGAGCGUGUGGUAAUCAACGUGUCAGGACUGCGGUUUGAGACCCAACUGAAGACGCUAGCUCAGUUCCCGGAGACGUUGUUGGGUGAUCCAGCGAAGCGAGGCAGAUACUUUGACCCUCUCAGGAAUGAAUACUUCUUUGAUAGGAACCGGCCCAGCUUUGAUGCCAUCCUGUACUACUACCAGAGUGGUGGCCGACUGAAGAGGCCAGUCAAUGUGCCCUUUGACAUCUUCACUGAGGAGGUGAAAUUCUACCAACUUGGGGAGGAGGCCAUGCUCAAGUUUAGGGAGGAUGAAGGGUUUGUCAAAGAGGAAGAAGACAAAGCUUUGCCGGAAAAUGAGUUUAAGAGGCAGGUCUGGCUGCUGUUUGAGUACCCGGAGAGCUCCAGUCCAGCCAGAGGUAUUGCCAUUGUCUCUGUCUUGGUCAUCUUGAUCUCCAUCGUCAUCUUUUGUCUGGAGACUUUGCCAGAGUUUAGAGAUGACAAAGAAUUCAUAAUGUCCCUGAGCGUAGGGAAGGGGCUUUCCAAUGAGUCACUUCACCUGGAUGCUGGGGAGCACACCAUCUUCAAUGACCCCUUUUUCAUUGUAGAGACAGUAUGCAUCAUUUGGUUCUCCUUUGAGUUUACAGUGCGCUGCUUUGCAUGCCCAAGCAAAGCACACUUCUUCAAGAACAUCAUGAACAUCAUAGACAUCGUCUCCAUCUUGCCUUACUUCAUCACUCUGGGCACUGACCUGGCCCAGGAGCAGGGCAGUAAUGGCCAACAGGCCAUGUCUUUUGCCAUCCUGAGGAUCAUCCGUCUGGUCAGGGUGUUUCGCAUCUUCAAGCUCUCCAGACACUCCAAGGGUUUGCAGAUCCUGGGUCAUACCCUCAGGGCCAGCAUGAGGGAACUCGGCCUCCUCAUCUUUUUUCUCUUUAUUGGAGUCAUUUUGUUUUCCAGUGCUGUUUACUUCGCAGAAGCUGAUGAGCCUGCCACCCAUUUUCAGAGCAUCCCAGAUGCCUUUUGGUGGGCUGUCGUGACCAUGACUACAGUUGGUUAUGGGGACAUGAAACCCAUAACUGUGGGUGGGAAAAUAGUUGGGUCCCUGUGUGCCAUUGCAGGAGUGUUAACUAUUGCUUUACCAGUGCCAGUGAUUGUCUCCAAUUUUAAUUAUUUCUAUCACAGAGAGACUGAGAAUGAAGAGCAAACACAACUGAUGCAAAAUGCAGUCAGUUGCCCAUACCUCCCAACAAAUUUACUGAAGAAAUUUAGGAGCUCAUCGUCUUCAUCCACAGAAGAUAAAUCAGAGUAUUUGGAGAUGGAAGAAGGAGUUAAAAAAUCUCUUUGUGUAAAGGAAAAAAAAAGUCAGGACACAGGGGAUGGAAGUGAGUCAGAGAAGAAAAACUGUGUAAAUUCAAAUUCUGUGGAAACUGAUGUGUAAUUUGAACAUUUCCAAAUAUAUUUAUGCAUUAAAGAGUGCAGUGAAAAAAAUGAAAUAUGCAAACAAGAGUCCACAGCAUACAGUAGUAUGCCAUUUCAUGGUUAAAUACAAAUAAAAAGCAUUGCUAAACUUGUAUUACAUAUCAAGUAAGUGAUACAACUUGAGAAAGGGAUUGCUAGAUCUGAUAUAGUUUCAGACUUUAUAUUUUUACUAGAAUGCAAGUGUUUUGCACAUGAGGCUGAAAAAUUUCUUAAAACCAAGUCAGUUUUAAAGUGGGUGCAUGAAUUGUCGACAUCACUAAUAACAGCUCAGUGGUAAAAGUUGGCAUUCAGAGGUAUUUACUAUGUAAGAAGCAAUGAAGUUUGGUAGUCAUUUAUCUAUUUAUCUGUGCUUUAAUAGCCGCUACCAUAAAUCAUUGGAUACCAUAGUCAUUGUUUUUCAAAUGGUAAAUUUAUUGUAAAAAGAUAUUCUACAGAAGAUAGAUCUAAAUUUUUUCUUGAAAUCUUUACUGCUUGUUUUUAACUGGAAAUUUACUUUGAGAAGGCUGCUGAGCCUCCAGAAAUUGUUUAUUUUUAUAACUCUCUUUGGAGGCAUUGCAGCAUUUGUUGUCUAAUAAUUAAAGAAGUGAAGUAAAAGAAUCAUUUAACCUGGUCUGACUGCAAAGCCAAAUGACUGGAAUGCUUUUUUGCACUACUUUAUAUGCUGGAGAUAUACUGAAAGAGACUUCAUACUGUGAAUGUUUACUAAUGUAAUAGUUCAAUGACAAUCAUUGGAAGAGUGAAUUCUGCAUCAUAUUUUAUUGUUUUUCUUUUCUUUAUGUGAUGCUGAUGGUGAAACAGCUAAUAUUACGUUAACUCCAUUCUCUUCUAAUUAUGAAUAUUUGUGGUCUGGAAAAGGAUUGUGAAGUAAAAUUUUAUAAUCAA